AUGAGUAGGAAGCGAAAUCCUGCAAGCCGCGGGAUGGGACCCUCCAAUCGAAGAUCUCAAAGGACCCCUGCACAGGGUGGGAAUCUUGGCGGGGCCUGCCCAUGGAUGCGGACACCGGCGUAUCGAUUCUCCGCCGCCCCUCUAACUCAGGUUACCUUACUGCCAGGCGUGCCAGGUGAAGCUGAAGGUGCGAGGGAGAGAGCAUUGGCCAGCGGUGCCGGGGGGCGCUUCGUCAUUGUUGCGCCUCACCACACCCGUCGUUUCAGUGACCAAGCUGCUGUCCUACCUACCGCUACGAAAACCAUCCAACCACCCCCACACCCAUCGCGAAGGCAGCAACUUACAACUUUCAUGGACGGAUCCGGCGGUGCCCCGAAGCCGAGCAGCAGCGUCAAGCUGGUCCUGCUCGGUGAAGCUGCCGUAGGAAAGUCGUCGCUUGUCUUGCGCUUCGUCAACAACGAUUUCCAGGAAAAUAAGGAGCCCACCAUCGGAGCCGCCUUCUUAACACAAAAGUGCAACCUUCCGACCCGGACAAUCAAGUUCGAGAUCUGGGAUACCGCCGGCCAGGAGCGCUUCGCCUCGCUGGCGCCCAUGUACUAUCGCAACGCCCAGGCCGCCCUCGUCGUCUACGACCUCACGAAGCCCACCUCACUCGUCAAGGCCAAGCACUGGGUGGCGGAACUUCAACGACAGGCCUCUCCGGGCAUCGUCAUCGCCCUCGUCGGCAACAAGCUCGAUCUGACAAACGACGCCGAGACCGGAUCCGCCGGCGACAACGAGGAGGCCGACGGAGAGGACUCUGGCGACGCUAGGAAGGUUUCGAUGGAGGAGGCCAAGACGUAUGCCGAGGAGGAGAGCCUGCUCUUCUUCGAGACCAGUGCCAAGACGGGCCACAACGUCACCGAGGUCUUCACGGCCAUCGCCAACGCCAUCCCCGAGACGUCGUUGAAGAGCGCGCGGGGUCCGGGCGCAUCGCACGCCGUGAGCCGCGGCGCAGAGGACCAGCAACGGGUCAACCUCACGGGCUCGAGGGAUGCGGCGGCGAAGGAGGGAUGGUUUCAUUUAUGGGAGCGUCCAUCCGGCAGUAAAUGGGAAGUUCGUCAUGAGUCGAAAAUCAGACACAGUCGCUUUGCACCACUUCACACGCCGACUCCUCCGUCGUGGUGUACAAUGGUUCUACUUGUGCUGGCAAAUGCACUAUGUAGACGGAAUUUCAUACGUUCAAGAAGAUUUACGACACCCUCUAGACGCUUUGGAUGCUCCGAGGCGUUGAUGAUAAUGACUAGGGAUUUGCAUCACCCCAUGCUGCCAUUCCUAGAUGGGCAGACCAACGCUGCACAGCAGACCUGGUGGCUGGAUCAAGCAGACAAGGUACGGACCAAGUCACCGCCCACGCGUCCCACUCUUUUUCUGGCCCUUCCCGCGCCUCGUCCACCUCAAACUGCUCCGUCACUUCAGAAUCUUUUUCACGACCACCUGCUUCUUUGCGCAAACAAGCUCAACAACAAGCAACCGUCCGUCAUGACAGCCGGUGACGCGGCCAUCUUUUAUUGUUGUACUUUCCCAGACCCCUCCUUCGCCCAUGUAUCUCUCUUCUUGAUAUUCCUUUUCCUCCACAACGACGACAGCAUGGCUGUCCACCUCACCCCGGCCCAGGUCGAGCUCAUCAAGCAAGUCUCCCGCUCCCUUUUCUCGACUGCCAUUCGUCUCAAUCGCAAUGCUAACCUUGUCUCUCUAGCUCACUUGCGCCCGACGACAUUCCGAUUAAGCUGCGAUGCGCCAGCUGUAGCAAGCCCGCUGUCAACGCUUUCCGCCUUCCCUGCUGCGAGCAAGCCAUCUGUGAGACUUGUCAGUCAUAUGGCUCUCACCUUCGCCCCCAUGUGCCAAAGUUCUCUCCCAUCAUCCUGCCCCGUUUGCGAGCAUUCACCCGUGUCCGCCGACGACUGCACGCCGCUCAAGUCGCUCCGAACCACGAUCAAGGUUUUUAUCCGAACCCAAGAGAAGAAGCGCGACGAAGCCCGAUCGAAGAGUGCAAAGGACUCGGCGCCCCCUACUCCAAUCGAUGCGAAGCCGAGUGCGCAGAUCGCUGGCCCCGAUGAGACCCCAGUCGCCGAUACACCUUCACAACCUGCUGCGAUCCCCGACGAACGCGAGGAGAGCGCCGUUGCCCAACCUGCGCCAAUCGGAGAUGCCAGCACGGCCGAUGUUGCGGAUGCAGACGCCAACGCGGCACAAGACCAAAACGUUGGUUUCGAUGACGACCCUGAUGCGCCUAACCAUGACGAAGAGCCCACCAUCUCUAAGGGAGAAGACGACGAUGACGAGACGGUCAUCAUCACGGGCGAUGAGACCGCGGCCGAUGGCAGCAAAUUAGCGAGACCUCAGGAGGAAGAGGGUGCUGCGGAUAACGACGGCGCAGAGGGCGACGACGCGAAUGCGAGCGGCAACGCCAAUUUCAACGGAAUGAACGGAGGCAACUUUCAGAAUAUGAACUUCACUGGGAACGGUGACUUCAAUCAAAUGCAGAUGAUGAUGGCCAUGCAGAACGGCAUGGGCUCCAACUCGUUUGGCAACUUUCCAAUGAUGGGUAUGCCAGGAAUGGGUAUGGACCCAAUGGCGAUGCAGAACAUGUACAUGAACGGCGGCUAUGGUGCUCAAGGCAUGGGCAUGGGAGGCUUCAACGGUGGUUUCGGCUCAGGCUCCAAUAACUGGAACGGGCAACAGUCAUGGAAUUUCGGCCAAGAUAAUUUCAAUUCUGCUAAUGCUGCUGGCAUGGGAUCUGGUGACUAUGGCAACUAUAACUCAGGAUUCCAGUCAGGGUACAAUCAAGGUAAUUAUGGUCACCAAUUCAAUGAUUACCGCCGCAACAAUUACGGCAACCGUGGACGAGGAAGGGGACACGGCUUUUACAACGGUGGCUAUGGUCGAGGCGGAUACCAACAGUAUGGCGGCUAUGGUGACCAGAGCCACGCGCAACAACAGUAUGGAAACAACAUGUACGGCCAGGGGUCCGAGGAUGGAACCCGCGCCGCAGGAAAUGUUGACGAGUUUGGCCGCGAGCGCCCAAAUGACCAAGACGCGACUUCCAAUGCAGGAGGCGGCGACAACGCAGAGAACGGUGGCGGGUCCAGACCCGCGGAUGAAGGCGGCGACGAGCAGGGCCAGGCGGAUCAGGAGAACGCUAUGAAUACAGACAUGGCACAGGCAUCAGGUGACUACUCUGCGUACAACGGGAACGGCAUGCCGGGAGGUUAUGGUCCUCAAGGAUUCGCGCCUGCAGCUCCUGAUGUUCCUAUAAAUGCUCCGACAGGUCCCAAGGCUAUGCGUCAGGGCUUGCCGAAUACAAGUUUACACACCUUGCGAGCGCGAGGAUACGUUGUCCCUGAUGAGAGAGGCCGACAGUCGUCGGUGGACGCACUCGCAAUUCAGAGUCCCGUCGUGGACCAACAGCAGCAACAGCAGCAGCAGCGAUCCAGAAGUAACUCGUCGACGCGCACCAAGGAUAAGGACAGGAGCCGUCGCCGAGAUGCGAGCCGUGAUCGUGAGAGAGAACCUGACGUCAGGUCGGAGAGAGACCACGGCGUAAGAGAACGAGACUACUCACGCUCACCUUCACGCAGCAGAGACCAGAGUCGCGAGCGCAAGAGCGAGCGCGGCGGCGGCGGCGGCGACCGAGAUCGGGAUCGUGACCGCGGCGACCGCCACCGGCGCCGGCGCAGGCGUUCGGAAUCGAGAUCUGUCGUUGACGAUCGAGACGAUGAGUAUCGUCGCAGGAAGCAUAAGAGCAGAAAGCACACCUCAUACAACGAUGAAGACGACGUCAAGUCCCGUUCCAGAGACGAUGGGCACGAAGAGAGGUCCAGGUCGGCCUCGCCCAGCGACUCGAAGCGGUCUAGCCAUAGGAGCCGCAGGGACCGCGACGAGAAGCGCCGCGAUCGGGAGAAGGACAACAAGCACCGGGACGACGACUACGAUGACUACCACAGAAAGUCCAGCCACCGCUCGCACAGAGAGAGGGAACGCGACCGAGACCGGGGAGAUCGGGACAGGGAUCGGGAACGGGAGCGCGAUCGCGACUACGACCGUGAUCGGGACCGCAAGGACCGCGACCGCGAGAAGGAUCGGAAGCGCGACAAACACAGGGACCGGGAGCACCGUCACCGCAGCAGCCGGAAGCAAUCAGCGGAGCCGCCCACGCCUGUCGACAGGGACUUCAAUCCGCCCACCGGCCCUCGUAGCGGUGGUCCCGGUCUCGAGAUCAAGGGUGUGGGCUCAAAGUCUGGCAGGUCGUCCGACAGACAGGACGGCGGACGCCGAGACUCCCAAGCCUCGGUCAACAGCAAGUCCGCGCCCAGCGUCCCCACAAAAGAUGCUCACGCCCUGGAGCGCGAGGCACGGAAUCGCGAGCGUCUGCUGAAGGAGACGCAGCGCAUGGCUGGUCUUGCGGGCCUGGCGGGCGCGAAACGCAGCAGAGAUGAGAGUAGCGGAGGAGGAGGUGACGACGGCAAGCGAAGCCGGCGGAAGGGGCGUCGUAGCGAGGCUAUUAACAUCGACGAGGAGGAGGAGCGGAUGCGUCGCAUGGAAGCUGAGCGCGAGGGCAGUCGUUGGGGCUAG